GACAUCUUAACCUACGACCCCAUCAAUCUUGAUGUCAGAAAAUAUGUUAUGUAAGAAAGUACGUACAGUUCACCCAAAUCAAUUUUCUGUUCAUUUACCUUAAAAGAUCUUGUAAACAUUUGAUUGCGCUUGAAGUUUGAAUACCCAUUUGCCAUGUAUUGCCAUCAUCCCCUAUAAAAUCUGUCAAUAGCGACAUCAAUUUUUCUCGCACUGUAUUAGGUCUUCAAUGGCUGGAUCUGUAUCAAUUCUGAGGCGAAUGUAUCUGACAACUUAUAAUUGGGUUGUCUGCGCUGGAUGGUUUAAAAUAUUGUACUUAGCUUUAAGGACGCUAUAUGAAUCAGGACACGAACAUGUUUACAGGGCCAUCGAAAAGCCACUGUUAUCAGCUCAAUCUGCUGCCUGUUUUGAGAUACUCCAUGGUUGCAUGGGUUUGGUAAGAUCUCCAAUCUCAGCGACAUUGCCUCAAGUAAGUUCAAGGUUAUAUGUAGUGUGGGGAAUACUGUAUAAUUUUCCUGAGGUUCAAACACAUCCCCCUGUUAGCUUUAUGGUUAUCUGUUGGUGUACCACUGAGAUUAUUCGAUAUUCUUUCUUUGGUCUAAAGGAAGGAUUUAGUUAUGCACCUUUCUGGCUAUUAUGGCUAAGUCUCGUCAUUAUAUAUGUUAGAAACUUUUACUGCAGGUAUAGUACCUUUCUAGUAUUGUAUCCAUGCGGCAUUGCGAGCGAAGUUUCUUUAAUCUAUAACACCUUACCUUUUAUAAAGGAAUCUGGAUGUUGUUCAGUAAGGAUGCCUAACAAAUGGAACUUUUCAUUUGAUUACUUCUAUUGUGCAAUCAUGGUGCUUGGAGUUUAUGUGCCAGGAAUUCCCCAUUUGUAUGGUUAUAUGCUUAGGCAAAGGAAGAAAACUCUAUCCAUAUAAAAUGGGCAUGAGAAGUUAGGGAAGGCUCUAUUUUUCUUUUCAUAAAUGUCUAUUAGAACUUACUGUAUCCUUGUUUUUUUUUUUUUUUUUUUUUAAUUUUUAUUGAAUGAAUUUCUUGGUAACCCUUGAGAAGA